UCCAUUUUAUAUAUAGAGACGCACAUGCAUGGACCGUACCAAAAGUUGCACGUGCUCGCUCAUCUUCACCUUCUUCCAUCACCCAGUUCCAGUUCCAGUUCCAGUUCCAGUUCCUUUCUUUCUUUCUUCCUUUCCACCACUUUCAAGAAACAACUCACACAUUCCAUUCCACCACCAUGGCAAUCGACACCCUCCGUCGAUUCCUUCUCCCUUGUUUCUUCCCAACCACCACCACCACCACCACCACCAAGACACCCUCCUCUAUAUCCAAGAAAAACCGCCCCCGCACCAGCACUAGCACAACCACCACCACUAACUCCCACCCUUCCUCAUCCUCCUCCGCCACAUCAUCCCCCAAAACAACCUUAGCCCCACCACGACCCUCAAAAUCAAUGGUCAUCGGAACCAUCUUCGGCAACCGCCGCGGCCACGUCUGGUUCUGCAUCCAGCACGACCGUCUCUCCCUCAAACCCUCCCUCCUCCUCGAACUCCCUCUCUCCACCACCGACCUCGUCCGCGAAAUGCGCAACGGCCUCCUCCGUAUCGCCCUUGAGUGCUCCCCUUCCCCUGACAGCCCCUCCUCCUCCUGCCCCCUCCGCUCUGUCCCCGUCUGGACCGCCUUCUGCAACGGCCGCAAGGCCGGAUUCUCCGCCCGCCGCCGCGCCGGUCACCGCGUCCGUGAAAUCCUCCGCACCAUGCUCUGCAUCUCCGUCGGUGCCGGCGUCAUUCCCUCCUCCGGCCAGGAUGAGCUCAUGUACAUGCGCGCCAACUUCGAGCACGUCGUCGGCAACAACGACUCCGAGUCGUUUCACCUCAUCAACCCGGACGAGUGCCCCGGUCAGGAACUCAGUGUUUUCUUGCUCCGAUCCAGACUCGGCCUCAAAUGAAUUGAAUUGAGUUGAAUCGUUCACUUCAUGCAUGUUUCUUUAAUUAUUUUCUUAUUUUUUUGGGAGAUUUUACUUUUACUGGUACAGAUACAAGAAAAUUUAAUUUGGGUUUGGUGGGUGAAAUUUAUUGAUUUCUUUUUCUUGAUUUUUCAGUAUUAUUGGGAUUUUCAUUUUUCUAAUUACAAAGGAAUUGUGAGAGUGCAACAUGGGUUAAUUGUGUUGUUGGCAUGUGAGUUCUGUCAUCUCUGUAAAGUUGAUGAGUUUUUCUAGGACUAAUCUCAUCACUACCAAUAUUGUAAUUUUUUUUUCUCUCACAUUUGUGUAUAAUAUGUAACAGGAUAAAACAGAGUAGUAGAGUACUGUCUCUGCCAUUUUAUCUUUUGUUUGGAAUUUUCAAUUGAUUAUCCUACCAGUUUUGUUUCA